CCGCUGAACUUUCCAACUCGUACCGUUUUCGUCGAUAACAGGCGGAACAGUGGGCUGCCGACCGUCAUCGUUUCGUUGCGUUUUGUGGCGAUUGCAAACUCCAGAGAUGGUGCAGCGCAGGGCGGACUCUGCUGCCUCUGGAGGCGGUGGUUUCGCUGUAUGCCUAUCUUACGCUCUAUCUCCGCCCUCUGGGGAGAGACUCCUCCGUUUACCGAGCACCUUUUUACGCGCACUGGCGUUAAAUUACAAUUAGGGGCUGACGGACUGCAGGAGCGCAAAGGACACCGCGUCAAUUUGGUACCGGAUUCCCCCUCAUUUUUUCCUCCUCCUCCUCGUAAUCAAUUUCUGGAUUAUGGGGACGUCGCUGAGCCACGCAGGGUUAUCUACAGACGCUUUCCAAGAUUAGCUAGAAACAUGGAGCACGCCAGAAACAAUGUGCAUGAAUCAGAUUUUGUUCCAGUGCUGCUACACAUUUCAGUGAUCUCGCCUGUAAAUACGCCAGGAUAUUUAUUUUAAUGCUUCUGUGCGUUUCUUUUUCUUUUAGUGCGCGCAAUGUGCAGCACCGUGGUUGUUGCUGCUGCUUAGAGUUGGCAUAGCCCCACAGACAUCAACCUUAAUAAUCAUUCUUUUAAAUGUAAGUGAUGCGCAGACCUCCGUGGCUUUAACCGUAACCAAUCCGCCGUUUUUAACGUAAAUACAAGCGACAAAUGAUGAAAUAAUUGGCUGUGUUGAUCGGUAGACACAAAUGCGUUAACAGGAGUUCACGUUAUCCACCGAUUUGAAAAAUAAAUAAAUAAAUAAAAAUUAAAUAAAAGAAAAAACCGCGACGCAGGGGCUGUUUGGAGUCACAUGCGCCCGGGACAAACAAUUAAGAUGACAAAAACGCUCCCCAGUAGAGAUUGUCUUUAUUGCCGAGGAAGCCGCAUUCUUAUCACAUCACAGUUUCUGGAUUGUAAUAGAGUUGGAGGACAGGGAGCAGCAGAGGGAGAAGAGAGGGAGGAGAAGCAGAUGAGAGCUGCCGAGCCGCACACCGGAGCCGCUGCUGAGGGGCAGGAUUUGGCUUCAGUGGUGGACUGAGCUGAAGUUGAAGGGAUCCCUAUGACAGUCGGCUUCACGUUUCCCCCCGAAGCCUUCGCUCUGGACAGAAGCACGUAUGGACACAUUGCAGCACAGGUGAGGGACAAGAGGAGCUCUGCCAGUUGGCCUCAUGAUUAAAACACAACUCUCUCUCAAAGAGGACAGCAUCGGGCUUUCAUUUGGAAACCGUCUCUCAGGUCUGCACAAACUGAUUCUACCUUCAUCCCAAAAAGAAAGUAAACCUGCAACCUCAGCCUCCCGCUCCCCCACUCCCAAGUGCCCUGGAAAGCCCACCGGAUACAGUCUGCAUCCACAGAUGUAACUAAGAUUUCUUCUUAAGGAAGUCCUAUAAUUUUGGCUGCAUGGACACAUCUUCAAAGACGUGGCUGCCCCAUCAGAGUCAGUUUGGGUUGGUUGGUCAAGCGGAGGCUUGCUGUGGUGGUGGACCUGGAGUUUUAACCCCAAACCAAUCUCGCAGGGCAAGUUUUGCCUCUGCAAGACAGUCAAGCAUGGAAACUCCUCCCAAUACGACCCCACAGCCUUUCAGACAGCCGAGCUUUCUCAAUCGAAGGUUGAAGGGUUCCAUCAAGAGGGCAAAAAGUCAGCCCAAACUUGACCGGACCAGCAGCUUCAGACAGAUGAUUUUGCCCCGGUUUCGUAGUGCUGACCAAGAAAGGACUCGCUUGAUGCAGAGCUUCAAAGAAUCCCACUCCCAUGAGUCCCUCCUUUCUCCUAGCAGUGCCGCAGAGGCUUUGGACCUAGUUUUGGAUGAAGACGCCAUAAUCAAACCCGUCCAUUCUAGCAUUUUAGGACAAGAGUACUGCUUUGAGGUAACGACUAGUUCAGGGACAAAAUGUUUUGCCUGCCGUUCAGCUUCAGAAAGAGACAAAUGGAUCGAAAACCUGCAACGAGCUAUCAAGCCCAACAAGAACUCCUCGUUUCACUUCCAGGAUAACAGCAGACGGGUGGAUAAUGUCCUCAAGUUGUGGAUCAUCGAAGCGCGAGACCUUCCAGCUAAGAAACGCUAUUAUUGUGAGCUGUGUCUGGAUGACAUGCUGUAUGCACGCACCACCAGCAAGCCCCGCACCGACACCGUCUUCUGGGGCGAGCAUUUUGAAUUUAACAAUUUGCCUACCAUUCGUAGCCUUCGUUUGCACCUCUACAAGGAAACGGACAAAAAAAGACGCAAGGAAAAAAGCACAUACAUUGGCCUUGUUAGCAUCCCCAUAUCCAGCAUCACCGGCAGGCAGUUCGUCGAGCAGUGGUACCCGGUGAUUCAGUCCAGUGUUCUCGCCAAAAGUGGCGGUGUUGGAAGUACCAAAGUUAUCAACGCCUCACUACGCAUCAAGUCUCGCUACCAGACAAUGAACAUCCUCCCGAUGGAGCUGUACAAGGAGUUUGCGGAGUACAUUACCAACAACUACCGAACACUGUGUGGGGUUCUGGAGCCUCUGUUGAGUGUGAAGAGCAAAGAGGAGGUGGCAUUUGCACUGGUGCACAUCCUUCAAAGCACGGGGAAGACAAAGGAGUUCCUGUCAGACAUGGCGAUGUGUGAGGUGGAUCGAUUCAUGGAGCGAGAGCACUUGAUCUUUCGGGAAAACACACUCGCUACAAAGGCCGUGGAAGAGUACCUCAAACUGAUAGGUCACAGAUACCUCAAGGAGGCUAUAGGUGACUUUAUUCGAGCCUUAUAUGAGUCUGAGGAGAACUGCGAGGUGGACCCCAUGCGUGUCCCACCAUCAGUCCUCGCUGACCAUCAAGCCAACCUUCGAAUGUGCUGCGAGCUCCUACUCUGCAAGAUUAUCAACUCUCUCUGCAUAUUUCCCCGGGAGCUGAAAGAAGUUUUUGCCUCAUGGAGAGCCAGAUGUGCUGAGCGCGGAAGAGAGGAUCUCGCUGACAGCCUCAUCAGCUCCUCUCUGUUUCUUCGCUUCAUGUGCCCAGCCAUCAUGUCACCCUCCCUGUUCAACUUAAUGCAGGAGUAUCCCGCUGAACGCACGUCCCGCACGCUCACGCUCAUAGCCAAGGUGAUGCAGAACCUGGCCAGCUUCAGCAAAUUUGGACCAAAGGAGGAAUACAUGUAUUUCAUGAAUGAGUUCCUGGAAAUGGAGUGGGGCUCCAUGCAGCAGUUUCUCUAUGAGAUUUCCAAUUUGGACACUGGAGGAAACGCAGGAGGGUUUGAGGGCUACAUUGACCUCGGAAGAGAGUUAUCCAUGCUCCACAGCUUACUGUGGGAAGUCAUGGGCCAGCUUAGCAAGGAUGCUAUACUCAAACUUGGACCCCUGCCUCGACUGCUGAACGACAUCAGCGUCGCUCUGAGGAACCCGCAGCUUCACAUGCCGACAAAUCACCAGCCGGACCGACCGAAGGACAGACUCUUCUCCCGCCCGUCCUUCAAUCGUCUUAUGUCCUCUGAUUUCCAAAGUCUUAUGAUGCGUGACUUAAACAGUUCAAUAGACAUCUCUCGCCUGCCGUCCCCCACUACUGGAGUGUCAGCUGUAGAAUCCCUCACGUCUAACCUGAACAUGAGGCGGCACGCUGAACGCGACCUUCGUUCGUCGAGGGAAGUGUUCUAUGUGACCCGCCCACCCCUGGCUCGAUCAAGCCCUGCGUACUGCACGAGCAGCUCGGACAUCACAGAACCUGAUCCGAAGGUACUGUGGGUCCACAGUGUAAACAAAAGUGUGUCUAUGAUGGACCUUCAGGACUCUCGUAUGAACAGCAUUUCCAACCUGAACUCUGUGGGAGACAUGCUCACCUCCUCUCAGGCCUCCAUCGCAGGUCUCGGCCACAGCUUUGGGAACCUCGGCGGUCCUCUUCGUAUGGGCGGGCAUUUGCCGAGUGGUUCAGCGGGCUCUGGUCUGAGAAUAAGCCAGAUGGGUCAUGUAGGGGGCCCGACCGAAUCCAUCUCUCAGCAACAGCAGCAGGCGGCAGCAGCUAUGCACUUCCCCCUGUCUUUCCAGAACCCACUAUUCCAUCUGGCCGCCCAGAACUCCCCGGCUCAGUCGGCCCAGCCUCCCCCUCCUCUUCUCCUCGCCCCUGAGCCUGAGAAUGGCCAUCACGACUACCCACCGGCCUUUGGCAACAGUGCUUUCUCUCGCAGCGAGGACUUGUCCGCCCUGCGGUCACAGAGCAGUCUGGUACAGCCGAGCAUCGUCCACUCACACAGCUACAGUGAUGAUUUCACCCGGCAGAAUCAGAGCAAUGACUAUGCCUGGCACCAGCUGUCGCUGCAGGUUCAGGAGUCUCUUCAGCAGCAGCACCUGAUGGGCGUCACAUCUCAGACACCCACAGGCACAGGCACGCCUGCAUCUUUGGCCACGCCUCCCACCACAGUCCAUCCUGUCCGCCAGACAUCCAUCGCCGCCCAGCACCUCAAGUCCCAGCGGUCCAUUAACACCCCGGCCACUUCCACGCCUCCAAAGGUCCGUCCUCAGAGCAGAAACCUCCUCCUUAACUCUUCUGAAACAAACUCGAGCGGCAGUCAGCCAAAAUCCCGGCAGGCUCAGCAGCAGCCACAACAGCAGCAGCAGCAGACGCAGCAGCCGACGGUGCAGACGCAGCAGGACGGGCAGCUGUCGGUGACAGACAGUCCGGCUCCUGGGCUCCCGUACCAGACGAGCUCCGCCAAAGAGAACCAAGUCCCGCCGGCAGGCGCAGAGGAGGCAACGGACACGCCCACAAAAAGCACCAAGAAGCCUCAGCAGUCACAGCUGCAGCCGCCACAGCAGCAUCUGCUCAAGCCAGUCGUCAAUAAGCAGGGUUCUCAGUCCACUUUGAACACCCCGUCCCUGAAUGAGCGGACGGUUGCCUGGGUGUCCAACAUGCCACAUCUCUCUGCUGACAUCGAGAGCCUGCGGCCGGACCGUGAGGGCCAACUCAAAGAGUACUCAAAGAGUAUGGAUGAGUCACGGCUGGAAAGGGUUAGAGAAUACGAAGAAGAAAUUCACUCGUUAAAGGAGCGACUGAAGAUGUCUCAUCGCAAACUUGAAGAAUACGAGCAGCGACUUCUGUCGCAGGAACAACAGACCAACAAGAUCCUGCAGCAGUAUCAGAACCGCCUGGAAGACAGCGAGCGCCGCCUGAAGCAGCAGCAAAUGGAGAAGGACUCUCAAAUCAAAGGCAUCAUCAACAGACUCAUGGCUGUGGAAGAUGAGCUGAGAGGGGGUGCCAUUCCUGAUAUUAAGCCUCGAAUCCUCACAGACCAGUCUAUCAGCCAGGGAUAUGGAUCCUGACUGCCAGUUCCAAAGUGACCAGAGUUCAUGAUGGUCACUUCAGUGUAAGAAGACUGACUCAGACCCUUCUCUAACAACCCCCAUCAAGACAAAGCUCUGCAGUGGAUCCAGCAGGACUACUGGAGGCGUCAACUCACAUUCUUAAAUAAAUAAUGACAACAAAAAAAAAAAAUCUUGCACAUAUUCAAACUUAGCCUGUACCAGAACUUGACAAUCAGCUUAGCACGAGGACCAAUGUGGGAAGUGAAUCUUCUUAUGAGCCAGUGCCACAACAAUGGCAAUACUAUACCUACUGAGUUUCUUUAUUUAAUCGGGAAAAAAGUAAGAAGAGGUGUGCAAAACUCUGGGGGAUAAAGAUGUGCUCACGGUGUUCCCUCCUACACGCAGCACGGUUUCUUCUCGCUAAGGUGGCUGCAGACAAAAUGUAAAAUAGGCUUUUUAUAAGCACAAUAUCCCUUCAUGGUGACGCCUGUGACGAGCGACAGGCGUCGAAUCAUUUGCCAGCUGUUAUCCUCUGAUGCAGGGCCCAAGCAAAGACAUAUUUUACUAUUUGGCUCUGGUGAAAUCAUAUAGUAAAAUAUUGUCAUUGCAAAAGUAUUUUCACUAAAAAAAGAAAAGGUGGUUAUCAUGAUUUUUUGCAUCCUUUUUAGUCCAUGCAUUCCAUCUAAAAAGAUGCCAAACAAGUCCUACAGUCACCUUAAGUGUUUAAGUACAAUCUGAAUCUUCUCGUUGGUUUACUUUGUCCUGGCACGCAGUGUAAAGCCUUGACUUUCAGUGUACAGAAAAAUUAUUUCGUAAAGCUACUAAAAUCUUUGCAAUAACGGCGAAUACUUUACAAAAAUAAGCUUAAAUUAACUUUAUAGUAUUAUUAAUAGUGAUAAUUGUGAUAAACUACAGUAAAUCUAACAUUUCAAAACAGUGCUACAAAGUGUUUCAACGCAGCAUUAAAGAAAAAUUAUGGGAGAAUGUAAACAUUUGGUUUAAAGAUGCACUUCACCAGUUUUAUACAGUGUGAGAGAACUAGUUAGCCUUCUUGGUGUGUCUGGAGGGGCUUUGGCUGAUCAGAGAAAGUGAUCCUGUCAGUGAUGCCAUCUGUGCUUGAACCAAGUCCUGUGCUACGGAGCAAGUUAAGCAUACCCAGGAUAUCUGGCUUCACUUACCCUAACAUUUGCAGUCAGGCUCAGCGGUCACAUCAAGGUGGUUAUCAACUUAAUAAGUUCACCCAGAGUUUAUCCGUCUAGCUACGUUUACGUUAAAGGGGUGGCAUUAGCAGCCAUGAGACCACUAGCAGCAGAGCGACUGAUUUUACAAAAGUAAGCAAAACUAUAAUAUUAGAAAAAUAUGAAGAGCUAAACACAAUACAGAUGUAAAGCAACAGAGCUGCAGACAAAACAGUAGAAAGGCGCUGUAGAGUAGUGUUAAAAGCAGUGCAUGAAUGUGUGUACGCUUUAAGUGCUUUUUUCAGUGAGGCUGGAAAGACCUGCUGUAUUUAGAAAGUUGAACCUAUCUGAAGCAGUAUCAGUGCUCUGUCACUGAGUCACAGGGAAAUCUGAUAGAUACGCCAUUAAAUCAAUAUUGUUGCUUACAGGAUGGUUUUAGCUUUUAUUCCUGCAGCUGGUGUUCAAGGGUCUAAGAGCAACAAAUAUUAAAAUAUAAUUUGGUAUAAAGUCCACAAGUACAAAUAGGGGCUCUGAGGGAUCUUCCAGGAAUAGUGAAUUGGUUGAUACUUUACUGAUUUUGUAUUUGUUGAUCUCUGAUCUCAAAGAUAACCUGCUCUGGACUGCAGGGCAGCAGCAGAAGUUGCCAAGGUGAUGUACACGGGUUAAAAGUCUAGCGCCUUUUGUAAUAAUGAAAUCCAGGGCAAAGCCUCAAGUUACCUGGAUGAGGCUAAAUCCUGCUUUGAAACACAGGUCUUUGAAGACUCCCAGGGUUUGUGCUACAAACUGGGACUGGGGACAUGACAGUUUUUCCUUCCUAAUAACUACCUAACUCCCCUGGCCAAGGCCGAUGCCUUAGUUUACCAUUUUAAAGAAAGUGAUCUAUAACUUAAUGGUCCAAAGGUUAACCUCCCCCCACGUUUAAUAAAGACGGAAACAGCCUAAAGGUCUGGGACGUUUGUUGUGCUAACUUCCAGCAGAUCCUAAGUCAUGUUACUACUUAAUUUCUUGUUGUUUAUGAUAUGUUUUCAGAAAUGUCUUGAAAAGAUAACACUAACACAGCUCGUCACAGUUUUCCUGACCUCAUAGGAGCUUAAUUGGUUACCUUAAUUGCCUGUGUGCUCUUUUCAAGUAGAACUGCAAUAAUGAGCAAUUCAGUGAACUAACAAAAUUAACCAGCAACCGUUUUCAUGAUGAGAUUAUCAAACAGUGUUAGGCUGAUGCUUCUCUUACAAAGUAAACUGGAUUUAUUUUGGGUUUUUCUUUUUGCUCUUAGCGAUGCAAAAUGUCCAUUUGAAAGCAUCACCUCAGGCUUUAGGAAUAUUUCAUUGAGCAUAGUGGUUCUAACUUGGCCUAAACCAGCCUAUCACGCCUGGUAUUUUUUUUUAUGUGUAUCUUUUUUUAAUGUGUUUUUUUUGUGUUGAUUUUGCUGCUUGACACUUUGUAACCCUGGUUUGAAAAGUGAAAUAUAAAUAAAGAAAAUUUAACAAACAUGGUCUUAAAACGAGACGUGCACCCGGACGCAAAUCUUAUAUAACAAGUAGUGAGUUACUCAUCUGUUGUGUUUAAUGUCUCUGAAGCAUAGGUGUGCAACAGUUCUGCAUGUGCUUUUUAAAUGCAAGGACGAGCAAGUCGGUUUGCUGUCAGAUAUACUGAUGUACAAAAAACAAAAUUUACAAAAAAAAGAAAACUACUUUGACACGGCUUUCUAAUUGGAAGGCAUCUUUUUUUAAUCCAACCUGCUGACUCUUCUGCUUUUUUCCAGAAGAGUGUGGCAUUCAGCCUUUUGCAUUAUACAACAUGGGAGUAUAGUGAGAAAUGGUCAGAAAUCCGAGAAACGAGAGAGG